AUGAGGUAUCACGAAGUGAUGGCGAAUGGAAUGUCAGAGCAUUUUCCCGGAGCUUGCAACGGCUCUUCCUAUGGCAAAGGGGACAGAUACACUGCAGCCCCUAAUGAAAUCUUCGUGAACAGAUCUUUACACCUAGAGAAUGUUAAAUUUUACGGUUUUGACAUGGACUACACUCUGGCAGAGUAUAAAUCGCCUCAAUAUGAAACUUUAGGAUUUAAUCUUACCAAAGAAAGGCUAGUUCAUAAGGGUUAUCCGCGGGAAAUUUUGGAAUUCGAAUACGACCCGUCUUUUCCCGUUAGAGGUCUAUGGUUCGACACGUUGUAUGGAAAUUUGCUGAAAGUUGAUGCAUAUGGAAACAUUCUUGUAUGUGUGCACGGAUUUGAAUUUCUGAAGCAUUCUCAAGUGUAUGAACUAUAUCCCAAUAAGUUCUUGACGUUAGACGAAUCUAGAGUUUAUGUACUCAAUACAUUAUUCAAUUUGCCGGAAACAUACUUGAUAGCCUGUUUGAUAGACUUCUUCACCAACUCUCCACAAUACACCAGGGAGAAAACCGGAGUAAGAUGCGGAGAUUUAGCAAUGUCUUUCAAAUCUAUAUUCCAAGAUGUAAGAAAUGCGGUGGACUAUGUCCACAUCCACGGCGACCUCAAGAAGAAGACAAUAGAAAACCUAGACUUGUACUUGAAGAAAGAUGAAAGGCUCCCGACUUUCUUGUCGAGGAUAAGAGACAGCGGUGCCAAACUGUUCAUUCUUACAAACAGCGACUACAAUUUCACAGACAAAAUAAUGAACUAUCUGUUUGACUUCCCUCAUGGUGCUAAGCCCGGUGAACCACACAGGAAUUGGAAGACGUACUUUGACUGGAUCGUAGUGGAUGCGAAGAAACCACUCUUCUUCGGCGAAGGUACCACCUUAAGGCAGGUGGAUACUAGAACAGGUGCCCUCAAAAUGGGACACCAUGUUGGACCACUGCACGAGGGACUUGUUUACUCUGGAGGAUCCUGUGACGUAUUCACCGAGCUGAUAAGCGCGAAAGGCAAAGAUGUAUUGUACAUCGGUGACCAUAUUUUCGGCGAUAUAUUGAAGUCGAAGAAGAUCGGCGGAUGGCGUACAUUCCUCAUAGUUCCUGAACUAGUCCAGGAGUUGCACGUGUGGACGGACAAAUGCCAGCUCUUUGCUCAAUUACAGAACUUGGAUAUACAACUCGGCGAUAUGUACAAAGACUUAGAUUCCAGUACAAAAGAAAAGCCAGAUAUAUCUAAACUUCGAAUGGCGAUCCGUGACGUCACUCACAAGAUGGACCUCGCUUAUGGUAUGCUAGGAUCGCUCUUCCGUUCUGGGUCUAGGCAGACAUUCUUCUCGUCACAGGUGGUAAGGUAUGCUGAUCUCUAUGCAGCAUCUUUCCUCAACCUGAUGUACUAUCCGUUUUGCUACAUGUUCCGUGCGCCCGCCAUGCUAAUGCCCCACGAGUCUACCGUCGCCCAUGAGCAACGCUUCACUGUUGAUACGCCCACCAUUGACAGAUCGAGACAGGCGUACGCGCAGCGUGCCUUUAGUACGUCUUGUGUCGCAGAGGUCUCGUCUGAAGAAGUUUCAGCGCCUCAGGAUUUUAACGAUACGAAGAACCCAACAGUGCCCCACGUACGCCCGGAGACACCACGGCAGCUGACACACACUCACGACGAAGACUGUUCUGACGAUGAAGAUGUCAAGGCCUCUCAACCCAAAUAG